GGAGGAAGAGCGAGCGGGAGGGAAAAAAAGCGCGUGCCACAGGCAGAGCAGUGGCAGAGCUUGUGACGUAGUGUGGCGCGUGACAGGCCGCCUCCUGUCACCCUCAGUGGCCUGUGUGGGCGUCUCCAGCUUGUAGCGUGUCCCGGAUAUUGUACAGGGGGCCUCAAUCACCUCCUCUUCCCUCCUCCUCUUCCUUACCUCCCUCCUCCUCCGCCCAGCUCACCCGAACACCCGCCCGGCACCGGCAGCAGCGACAGCAUCAUGGCGCUGAAACGGAUCCACAAGGAACUGAAUGAUUUGGCUCGUGACCCCCCUGCACAGUGUUCCGCAGGCCCGGUUGGAGAUGAUAUGUUUCAUUGGCAAGCAACAAUUAUGGGACCUAAUGACAGUCCAUAUCAAGGCGGCGUGUUUUUCCUGACUAUUCAUUUCCCAACAGACUACCCAUUCAAACCUCCAAAAGUUGCGUUUACAACAAGAAUCUACCAUCCAAAUAUUAACAGCAAUGGAAGCAUUUGUCUUGAUAUUCUCAGAUCACAAUGGUCCCCAGCUUUAACUAUUUCUAAAGUCCUUUUGUCAAUUUGCUCACUGUUAUGUGACCCAAACCCAGAUGACCCUCUAGUGCCAGAGAUUGCACGGAUCUACAAAACAGAUAGGGAAAAGUACAACAGAAUAGCCCGGGAAUGGACUCAGAAGUAUGCCAUGUGAUGCUACUUUCAAGUCUGAAUAACCUGCAUUAUAGCUGGAAUAAACUUUAAAUUACUGUUUCCCCUCCCUUUCAGACCUCAUCUAAUUACCUUUCCCUCCCUUCCUAUUUCGUAUUUUCUUUUUGUGCUGCCCCCUUCAUGCACAUGCUCACAUUGGAAGAAGUUUAGUUCAGCAAUGGACAAACUGCUCUAGACUGUCAAGUAGUUGCCAGAAUACAAUUGCCCGAGAAUCUUAAUAUUUUCAAAAGGAGCAUGUGUUUGUGUGUGUGUGUGUGUGUGGCCAACAUCUUCACGUUAAAUUGGUUAUACAACUAAUCCCAUCUUACAUUUUUCUCAGAAAUUGUGAAGAUUAGAGCCUUUGUUGGGGGUAGGGGGGGAAAGGUGUUAGGCAGGAAAAGCUCAUUUGUCUAGCAUCGUAGGAUGCAGAAAUGGAUAUUUUGGUCAAACCUUCCAGUGUUAGACAUUUGAGAUUUCAUGAUGUACUUUAUGCUCAUAACUCAUGUUUUGGGUGGAGAGUUGGUGUUAAAAAAAUUAAAAAAAUGUAUAGGAGCAGAACAGAAUGUGAUGUAUUUUAUGCAUGUCAAUAAACAUGACAAAUUAAAAUUGGAAGGUGACACCCGUUGAAUACCAAGAUAGGAUCAAAAGUUUUUUGUAAUUUUUUUUUCAUUUGAGAAUUUUUUUUUUAUUUUAAUGGACAGAGCUAUUAGUUCAUCUAUCUUCUAUAAAACUUUAAUAUAGCACUGAAUAAAUGAUGCAAGCUUCAAUGGAUGACUGAUAAACUAAUAGCUCUGUUAGAUUUUUUUUUUCUUCAAUAAAGUUGCAUAAACCAA